AUGUCGGGCGACAAACUUCUGUGCGAACUCGGCUAUAAGCUGGGCCGCACGAUAGGCGAGGGCAGUUACUCCAAGGUGAAGGUGGCCACGUCCAAGAAGUACAAGGGCACGGUGGCCAUCAAGGUGGUGGACCGGCGCCGCGCGCCGCCGGACUUCGUCAACAAGUUCCUGCCGCGAGAGCUGUCCAUACUUCGGGGAGUGCGGCACCCGCACAUCGUGCACGUCUUUGAGUUCAUUGAGGUGUGCAACGGGAAGCUGUACAUCGUGAUGGAGGCAGCCGCCACCGACCUGCUGCAGGCCGUUCAGCGAAACGGGCGCAUCCCCGGGGGACAGGCGCGAGACCUCUUCGCACAGAUCGCCGGAGCCGUGCGCUACCUGCACGACAACCACCUGGUCCACCGCGACCUCAAGUGCGAAAACGUGCUGCUGAGCCCGGACGAGCGCCGCGUCAAGCUCACCGACUUCGGCUUCGGCCGCCAGGCACACGGCUACCCCGACCUGAGCACCACCUACUGCGGCUCUGCCGCCUACGCCUCGCCCGAGGUACUCCUGGGCAUCCCCUACGACCCCAAGAAGUAUGACGUAUGGAGCCUGGGCGUCGUGCUCUACGUCAUGGUCACCGGGUGCAUGCCCUUCGACGACUCGGACAUCGCUGGCCUCCCGCGGCGCCAAAAGCGCGGCGUUCUCUACCCCGACGGCCUCGAGCUGUCGGAGCGCUGCAAGGCCCUGAUCGCCGAAUUGCUGCAGUUCAGCCCGUCGGCGAGGCCCUCGGCGGGUCAGGUAGCACGCAACGGCUGGCUGCGCGCCGGGAACUCUGGCUAG